GUAGUCUGUGGUCAAAGGUAGCCGAAAUCCUAACAUCAGCUGUUUUAUUGUUGCUUUUAGAACAAAGCUGAUCAUAUUUUGGACCGUCGCCCGUUUUGAAGACAGUGAAAGUGGACAAACUUUUUACGACGAGAAGACAACAGAAUCGGCCGGCUUAAGGCCUUUACUCUAUGUGGCUGUGCAGUAGCUGGUCCUUACAUUGGAAGGUGAAAUGUCCCAAAGUGGCGCCAUAGUGCUGGCAGUUACCGUGGGCCUGUGCAACUGUGUGGUGUUGGACUUAGGUCGCAACAAUCGUAUAGAGGUCAACCUCCCCUGGCUACCUUUUGAAGGAGAGACUCGCUGCUAUGACGAGCUCGGUUGUCUCAACAUCACUCGAGACUGGUACCACCUCAUCUACAGACCUCUCAAUGUCUUCCCCCUGCCGAGAGAAGUCAUCGACACCAGAUUUGUCCUCUACACGCGCAAGAACCCGUUGGAAGGCCAGACUCUGCGAGCCAAUGCAGACAAGACAAUCCAGAAGUCCAAUUUUGACGCUAAGAAACAGACUAAGUUCAUCGUCCACGGAUUUAUUGACACACCUCUUAGCAGCUGGGUGAAGGAGAUGAGACGAGAGCUACUGAAGCAUUCUGACUGGAACGUGAUCGUAGUAGACUGGGCCGGAGGUUCCUUGCCUCUUUACACACAGGCUACGGCCAACACCAGACUGGUGGGGUUGGAAAUUGCUCACUUCAUCAACCACCUCAAGGACAAGUACGGGUUGAAGCCGAAGGAGGUUCACAUCAUAGGUCACAGUCUGGGCGCACACACAGCGGGCUAUGCUGGUGAGAGGGUGGCCGGGCUGGGCCGUAUCACUGGCCUGGACCCAGCUGAGCCUUACUUCCAGGGAAUGCCUGCUCAGGUGCGACUCGAUCCCAGCGACGCUCAGCUCGUCGAUGUGAUCCACACUGACGGCUCAUCGAUCUUCCUACUCGAAAGUUGGAUUCGCAACACUCAACGACCUCUACCUUCCGUCACUUUGCCGUCCAUCGGUUAUGGCAUGAGUGAGCCGUGCGGCCACGUAGACUUCUACCCUAACAACGGCAAGGAGCAGCCCGGCUGUGACCUCGGAGACACUCCGCCGUUGCCACUCACCGUCAUCAAAGAGGGAAUAGAGGAGGCAUCGCGGGUGCUGGUCGCGUGCAACCACAUCCGAGCAAUCAAACUGUUCACCGAGUCGAUCAACAGCCACUGUCCCUACGUCGCACAUCGCUGUCCUUCCUAUCAACAGUUCUUGCAGGGCCGAUGUUUCUCUUGUAAUGAGAACGCCACAGGAUGUGCAGUGAUGGGCCUCAACGUACAGAAGCCCAACCACGCACCUGCAGGCUCAAAGUACUUUGUCAUGACGGGCAAGAAGGAGCCUUACUGUCGAUACCAUUACCGGGUGACGGUAGAUCUCGCCAAGCCACCCAAGGCAGAGUCGUGGGUCCAGGGAUAUAUGAAAGUGACGCUGCAUAGCGACAACAACAUCAUACGCAACCUCGAUCUCACUCCCAGCGGAUACGAGAAGUUCCAACAUGGGACUUCUCGUAGUUUUGUCGUGACGCAUGUAGACAACAUCGGGCCUGUACGCAAGGUUGAUCUGUAUUGGGAGUACGACAUGGACGUCCUGCAGCCGAGAUCCAUCUGCUUCCUCUGGUGCAACGACCACUUGUACGUCAGCACUGUCAAAGUCGAGGAAACCAAGGACAUCAUGGCGAGAGACAAAAGAGCAACCGAAGUCAGCAGCAAAUUGUGUUCUACAGGACGAGAUUACGCAGAAAUUCCUUCAAGAGGAACGACAUUGUUCAUUGACCAGUGUGACCAACCGUUGACAGCAAAAGAUAAAGACAACUGAGAAAUACAAUGUAGCCAACUGAAUGUCAUCAAAGUUCUUAGAGCAUGAAGAUGAGACAUUGUGUGAAUUGCCUUUGAAACAAUCAAAUCUUCUCUAUGACAGAACUAAGAUUUCUUUAACCUACAAAUCUGAAGGUCAAAAUAUGAUUCUCAUUUUUACUCUGUUGUCGUCUUAUAUAAAUUGUGAUACUUUUGACAUUUUAAUUGACAACAGUGUUUGUGUGUAUCAUCAACAGUUUUUUUUUUAGUUCUGGAUACAAAAUCAAAGUAAAUGAUUACAAGCUUACUUAGAAAUGUGUUUAUGUUCUGUCGUAAAGAUACUUCAUGUGAAAUGUGGGACUUUCAUACUGAAUGUUAUUUGUUAUAUGUCAAAAACAUUGUCUAUUACGAACUGUAUAACAUUGAAAAUUUAAAUUUAAUGGAUAAUACUGUAAUGAAUGAUUUAGUAUCCACAGUCAAAACAAACUGAUUUGUAUAUCAUUAUGACUUUGUCAUGAAUUUCACUUCUGGUCUACGGGUCAAAUCAUACACUAAACUUUACUAGUCUUGUGAAUGAAUCUCAACUAUAAUAUUUUUUGGGCAAUGAUUGUACUAUGUGCCAAACAAUGGACUUAGAAAGGAAAACUAUUUUUAGUAUAGUAUAAAGGAAAUCUUAAUGGUAGUUAAGCUCAAGCCAAUAUAGCUUUAUAUUUAUUAUUUGUGGCUAAUUGAUAAACUAAAUAUUUAAACAUAGAAGAAUCUUCAAAAUCAAAUAUAAAUACUGAAGUUUUUGCUUCUUUGGUACCAUUGACUGAUGAUACUGAAAUUGAUUUAUUUUUCUUAUAGGUUAUAAAUUAUUCUUUGCCUUGUUGGAUGCCUAAAAAAUUUUUAAGUUUGAAUGCCGAAAGGGUAUAAUUUAUUAUAAAAUAAUUCACCAUUCACUUCCUGAUAAAUUCGCACAAUUUAAGGACAUUGAGAUAGUUCAUUCUUCAGUUUCAAUGGUCAAUUGUACUAACAAGAAUAAGGCUCUAUAAAGCUCAUACAUUUUAAAGAAAAUUAGUCAAUUUUAUAUCGCUUGACAAUGGAUUUUAAACCAUUCUUAUCCCAGAACCCUUGUUACUUAAGGUACUGUAAAGUCUAAAGUAUUAUUAUAAAAGACUUGUAUAUAAAAUGUAAAUAUUUAUAUGAACAUAAUUCAACUACAAUCUAAGUUUAAAGAUCAGUUUGUGAGGGUGCAGUUUUUAGCUUAGUUAAUUUUUAUCCAACACUAUUAGGCAUAUCAUAUUUCUAUAAAUUUGUAUUUUUUCCUAUUUCAGUGCUGACUUACUCCCAAUUAUUUUACCCAUUUAUGUUGUGUUUACAAAAUGCUUAAGUUAUUCAUUUUUUAAAUUUGGAAAUACAGUACAUAUAUUUUUUAAUUUACGAUUAAAGCCACAUAGUUUAAAAUCUUUACAAUUAUUGGAACUAAGUAAAUAUCGAUUGAAUUGUCACAACUUAAAGUAAAAUUAAACAACUAAUAUAAUUUUUUAAAUUGAUUAUAAAGGUUUCAAAAAAUACUUUUUUUACAUUCUUACAGUAAGUCUUCAUACCGCCAUAGUCGUAGACUUUAUGUGUAAUAGGUUUAUCUUGUUGAAAUGUGUACAUUGAUGGUUUUAACGAAUAAGAGUAUAAUCGACUAUAGACACCAAAAAAUAGAUUCCCAAUCAAAAUAACCAUACUUAAGUUGUGCUAGUUAUACUCUUUGUUUUAUUUCCAGUAAUAACUUGCAAAGUACAGUGUUCGUUAACUAUGUUUUUUUCAAUAGACAUGGUUUAGCCCCUG